UGCACGCGUACGGCGAGACCAGUUCUGGCUUUCGGGAGGCAAGGUCCUACUAAUGACUAUAAUUUUGCUCCUCAUUUUCAUCACGAUGGUCGGCGGGAGUCCACAACACGACGCUUAUGGGUUUCACAACUGGAAUCUCUCUGGAGUUUUCGCAGAAUAUUCCUCUAGCAGAGAUCUCGGCCGCUUUGAAGGCUUCCUCGAAAGCCUUUGGACGACGGUCAUCGUGACUGGACCGGAAUAUGUCUCUUCUCUCGUAGCCGAGACUAAGCACCCUCGGGCCUAUGUCAAGCAAGCCUUCGAGGUGGUGUACUUUCGAAGCAUUGUAUUCUCCAUCGGCGCUGCGACCUGCGUUGGAAUACUUUUGAUGCACGACGACCCCACGCUGGCCGAUGUAAACCGAGAGUGGAGAUUCUUCUGCUUCAACGUCUCCCUUCACCAUCGCCAUGGAGAACCUCGCCCUCACCUGCCUCCCGAAUCUAGUCUGCGCACUCACGUUGACGACCGUCUUUUCUGCCGAGAAUACGUACUGGUAUGCCACAACCCGCAGGCAAUCGAGCGCCCAACAAACGAACGAAGUAUUCUUAUUUACUGCGACGUCGUGGCGCUAGUAUUUGGCUGUUUGUCAUUCUUGCAGUUAUCUGACCGUGCAAUAACCGUCCUCAAUUGGCUCAUUGACUUGACAACAGCCAAUAUUCUGAUUCACUAUACCAUUAUCGCGAUCACGUAUAUUUGCUUCUAUCGUACCUACCAGAAACAAAACUUUGAUCGCACACAGCUCCCAUAUUACGGGUACUUCCAGCCGUGCAGUGGGUACAUCUCGCUCGUCUGGAUGGUCAUGAAGGUAUUCUGUUUCGGGUACCAGAGCAUUCGACCGUGGAGCCUCCAGAGGUUCUUCCUCAAUUACACGAUGCUUCUCCUUACGCCGGCACUUUCAUAUUCUGGAAGAUAUUUCACAGAACCAGGUGGUUGGCGCCUGAUGAGGUCGAUUUACGCUGGCAAUCAGAUGCAAUUGAGCUUUAUGAAGCGUGCGAUGCCUGUCAAAUUCUGGCGUGAUGUUUUUUCAAUGUUCAAAUCGAGGCCAUUUGGGAGUGGAGAGCAUGCUAAUGUGUCUCAAGGUUGCGAGUGCUACGGUGGCCCCCCUUUCGUGCGAAUGAAUAUAAGUGUGGGUUGUCUUAGCACGUCCUGGGGUAAAUAA